AUGGAAUUCUUGUCACGGACAAUCAUUAGGGCAGUUGAUGAAGGCCAUUGGAAACCAAAUAAUGGACCCCAUCUAUCAUAUUUAUUUUUUGCUGAUGAUGUUCUUUUUAUGAAGGUUUCUAACUCUCAAGUAGUGAUAAUUUCUCAUAUUUUAAAUUGUUUUGCCAUGUUUUUCAACCUUAAAGUGAAUGUUGCUAAAUCAAAGGCGUUCUUCUCUGCUAGCACUAAGAGGAUUAAAAUAGAUUUAGUUGUCUCCAACACAUAUAUCAAGAAAAUUCUUACUUUAGUGAAGUACUUGGGUUUCCCUAUGUUACAUGGUCAUAUUCAAUGUAAGGACUUUGAGUUUCCAGAGGCAAAAAUUGGUCAAAGGUUAACAUCUUGGCAAUGUAAAUUAUUAAAUAAGAUUGUUCGUUUGACUAUGGUUAGGUAUGUCUUGAACUCAAUCCCAAAUUAUCAUAUGCAAGUGGCUUGGCUACCUCAACCAACUUGUGAAUUUAUUGAUAUGAUGGCUAACAAUGUUUUGUGGAAAGGUGAUUCAAACGCUGAUGUGUAUCUUAUUGGCUUGGAUAAAAUCACUAAGCCCAAAAAGUUAGGUGGUCUUGGGAUCUAG